UGCUCCCCAGACGACCCCACACAGAAUCGACUCCUGCAACGCACGGAAGUGACGUCACUAAAUGUCAACGUCACAUGCACGCGUAUUUCCGUUUUUUCGAGGGCGCGUGGUUUGAUUGUUUGUUCGCACGUGACAUUCAGUACGCAUCCCGUCAGCCGCGCUUGCGGGUCGUGCUUUUCUGCUGCCGCUGGUGCUGGACCCAAGGCUUGGUUCUGCUGCAUUCUCGCAAGCCUUUGACAUCAUCCUUUUAUAUGCGCGAAAGCUGCUUUGCAGGGUUAUCUUAUAUUUGCUAGCGUUAUAUAUAUCUAUUCUAAUAAGUAUUUUGAUGGUAUUUUGAUUGUGUUAGUCGCGUAUUUGCCGAUCUUGCUGUCCUUGUUCGCGACCUCUUGCUUUGUUCAACCCUAGCGCGGAUUUCCCUGAUUCAACGUAUAUAUAGUGCUGACUAGAAGGUAGCCUCCUUUCGUUUGUGAAAAAGCUCAGAUUUAUUUUCUCGCAGUCAUUUUUUUUCUUCUAGGUGUCAUUUUAGAUUGCACUGCUUGCAACAUGACACGUGUUUUGGUUGCCGGUGACUCGAUGGUGAAAUACGCGGACCAGUAUUUCCCAUCGCGUCGUAGUUUGUCAGUCAGUGUUGCCGCGCAUAGAGGAGUAAGGAUUGAGCAUUUGCUGUCAAUGAUUGCUGACAAGCUAGCUGGUUUUGAUGUUGUCAUUGUGCACGUUGGCACUAACAACACUGUUGACAGUGUCAGCGUGUGCAUGGACAAGUAUCGCCAGCUCGCUCAGGGGAUCAUUGAGAGAAAUCCCAUGGUGCAUGUAGCUUUUUCUGCCAUUCUUCCUCGGGGGCAGAAUCAGUACAGCUCAUGGGAAGCUCAGUCCUCAUGGUUGCAUGACCUGAAUGGUAACUACAAAAGGAUUAACAGUGCCCUGAUGCAGUACUGCCACGAGUGCGGCUACACAUUCCUGGGUGGUCUCGUGGACAACUGGCCCAGUUGCCUGAGCAGAGAUGGUGUCCACCCGAGCCGCUUUGGUAACAAGGUGCUGGCAGACUUCCUGUACCAGGGGGCCUGCACCCUGUCCAUCCAUCUGGAGAGAAGCCGCAUCCAGCAGUCCUACAAGGAGACCCAGGCACCUUCUUCAUGGACCAGUUGGACUCGGCAGGACAGCAUCCCUGCCAUCUCCGAGGCUGACUUUCCCCCGCUUGAGGCACGGCACCAACCAGCCUACCAGAACCCUUCAAGGUGCUGGAUUUUCACUUGUUGGCGGUGUCCGUGUCCGUUGCAAGGGAAGCAAGGCUUGGUUCACCUGGGACAGCCUGCCUUCCCCCACUUUCCAUGGCACAAGUGUACCAAGUAGGGGAAAAGCCGAGGGGAGGUCUGCUGAGCCAAUGAUCCCUGGUCGAGGUGCAAGCACCACUUGUGUCUGGAAAACUAGGAGAGCCACACAAAAGCAUGAGAGUGCUCCUGUUGUGUGCUCACCUGUGGGGGAAGGAGAGGCCAGUGCUCAAGAAGCAGCUGUGCCAGAGGCUGUCUCCCACUGUGGCGACAGGGAGUGGAAAGUGGUAGUAUCGAGGAGGAGGCGGAAGGCUGCAGCACUGCACAAGCAAGAAUGGAGCUGUGACCUGGCUGCAGACAGGAAAGGCAAAGUUCUUGCUGUGACAGCUGCCAAGUUCUUGAAGUUCGCUUCACCUUUGAAAGCAGUAGUUAGCCAGAAACAGACAUGCAUUAACAGUAUAAAGUCUGAGUCUGCUCCUUCUGCUGUCUCUGGUAGCAAGCUUGAAGGACAAGCCAGUGCCCCUCAUGACGCCAUUUGUGAUAGUUUUGGCAAGGUGCAGCAUGUGGCUAGCAGGCAGAAUAAAGACUGCUUGGUAGUUGCUAUGGCUGAGUGCAGACCUGUCAUAAAUGGUGUUCCAAAUGAGGUCAUUGUCUGCAAAUGCUGUAGGUCAGAAACAAUGCAAGAUGGAGGGCAGAUGACGAGCAAUCCUGGCACAGAGGCUGGUGACCUUGACAAAGCUGUGUGCAUUACUCCCACGCAACGUAGGUGUUGUGAGGCUGCUUUGACAUCCAGCUGCAGGCCUGCCAGCUCUGAUGCCCAGGCUGUUUGUGAAGGAGCUGGUGCUAACACAACCAGAGUUCCUAACACUGUCACUUUAUUGCAUGGUGGAGGCAGCAAAGUUUAUUUAAAUGCAACAUUUGAUAAUUUUAUUUCUUUCAGGCAAAGCUUUGACCCCAGCAUCUCAUCAUUCUUGACGAUGGCAGCUGGCGUCAACAAUCCGUCAGGAAUGUGUUUCUUGUGGUUGAAACUUUAAUGUGGGCAGGUUCACUUUGUAUUAUUUAAUUUGAAAACCUGAUCAAUCUGCUUCUAAGUAGUAGCAAGUAUUUUGGAUAUUCAACUGUGUUACAAAAUUUGCUUGCCAUCGGUCUGGUACUGCUUUAGCAACCGAAAUCUGUACUGACAUUGCCCCAUUACCUUCCCGUUGCCGCAAGUCUCUCGGCGGAGCCUGACCGCUACAGAGCGCGUUCUCGGGUGGCGGAUAGAGAAAACUCUUGUCAUGAAGCUGCGCUAAGCAGCUUCAUGCAAGACAGGCACUUGUGCCCGCGGACCAACAGGCUAAGAAAAUCCUCAACAGCAGCACUCGGGUUGUCACAGUGACAUGUUCAUCUCGGAGUGCAAGUUGCAGAUUCUUUUUAAUCCUUUGUACUUCAUUUGCGUUUUUUUCCCUCU